AUGGCGAUCCUACGAGAAUUCCGAGUGCUCUGGCUGAGCCGACUGUUCCGUUGGUACCUGUAAGAUUCAAAAUUAAUUUGAGAACACAUGUUCUGAUUGAAUCAAGAAUUUUUGAGAUUUGUAAUUUGAAAUCUGACAGAAAUCUAAAUUUAUAGAAGAUAAAGCUUUGGAAAUUUCGAAAAUUCAGAAAAUUUUAUGAAAAUAUCCGCAGUUUUCAUUGAAAAUGCCACGUGUUUACUGUCUGCAGAACCAUGGCUAGGAAAUCAGAUUAAUGUUUUUUUUUGCAUCUUUAUUAGCAGAAAUGCCACUUCGAAGAUAUACGAGAUCAAUAUUUCGUAGGUGUAAUGUUACCUUCAGUUCAUACGAAGAUAGAUUACACCAGCUAGAGUAUUGUAGCGCGGAAAGGAGGAGUUUGAAUUCGGGGCUUUUCACUUUUCUCGGGCUCUUGGAGGGUACCACUUACUUUCCCGAAAUUGAUAAUCUAGUUUGCAGAAAAAAUUCCCCACGAUAUCCUCUGCAGCGCAGUCUCACACAACAGUGUCCGCUUCAAAGCUUCUUCGGAAAAAUCAUACCAGUUUGGAACGAAAUUGUAAAACAUAUCGAUCCAUCCACCAGCACAAUGAAACUACGCAACUUGAUUUCUUCUUUAUCGGAUUCACAACUAGUUGGAACUUCCCAAAAUCCUUGGCUCACUUAUUCUCUUGUAAGGAAUUAG